AUUUUGGAUUCCACUAGUAUGAGGCUAUCGUUUUCCAGAUCACUCAUGCCUGAGGAUGACAAUGACAAACAUCCAUGGUGGCAGAAUGGCCACAGAGUUUACCUUCAUUUCAUGCUCACCAUCUCUCCUUUUCUUUGGUUCAUCUCAGGCAGGGUGUUUUCAUUCCACCUGCAAAAUUUCAUCCUACCUUUUCAUUAACCUCAAUAUGACUGUGGCAAAAAUCCUGAACACUGUUUCCACAUGGAAUGUU